AAUGCUUCCAAUACAAUAUGUUUAUCUACCUAGACACCAAGUGACCAUAAUAUUUGUAGAACACAAUAUGGUUCAGAUAUUCAGUCCAUUGUCUCUUACCACCACCUACUCAUCCUCUCACUCUCACCCUCACACUCUCUUUGCCCAGAGUCAGAAAAAUAUGUGCCAAGGAUAUGACGUAACAGUUAUUCAAUGCCUUUCGACUGAUGAGAUUUUUGUUAUCUCAUCCUCGCAUGGAGCUUCAUCACCAACAACACAUACUAGGUACCUACAGUACGAGUAUCUUCCUAACCCUUCUCAUACGUUCUGUAACCUCAACGCCAAUGUUAAUAACAGGUGUUUCUUGACACUUUCAGCGGCUACAACAAGCGUAAAAUGCUUCCGUGUCCCUCGAAACCCUUCUGCGGAUCUUUUCUUUACUUUUUCUUUCAAACAAAAAAGAAUCACAAUUGCGAAAAUGUUAUUCACAAUCUCCAUGUGAAGUAAACCUCACACAUAACAACCAAGACAAGUCCAGGAAAUCCUCGGUGUUGCUCUAACCGAAGCGUAGCCGGCUCCACGCAUCAACCUCGACCUGGGGUUCCGAUAUACAGGCCUCUUCCUCCAUAAAACGACUCUAUCAAAGGCCCGAGAAAGUCCGACAUGUCCAUUAGACGCACGUACCUAGUAGAAUAGUGAUGACUUAUCACCGCUUAAGCAGCCAAAAGAGCAAUGGCAACGCCCGCGAUCAAAAUGCCGAGGUAUUGGCCAUAAUGGGAAAACAUCUCUCGCAUCCUCGCAUUCCUCGCUCGCUUCCCUUGACGAUUUCACAACAUCUUCCAACAUGGCAUCCCAAAGAUUAGGCUCAAUCUUUUCCCAUCUGUCCUCGACAAAGACAGGGGUCGCUGGAAUCACCCAGAAGAACCCCGACGAUAUUGUUAUUACCCUCGCCGUUCGAACCCCUCUCGCAAAAGGAAAGAAGGGUGGUUUCAAAGAUACCGAUCUCGAUCACAUUGUAUACUCGCUCCUGAAGCAGGUGCUGGAAAAGAGCAAGAUUGAUCCUGCAUUGGUCGAGGAUGUUUGUCUUGGAAAUGUCGGUGACGUGCGGGCUGCAUACAAAGUCCGCGCCGCCUCGCUGGCUGCCGGAAUCCCUCACACUGCAGGCGCCAACAGUGUCAACCGGUUCUGUUCUUCGGGAUUGAAAGCCGUACAGGACAUUGCCAACCAGAUCACCUGUGGUAGCAUCGAUAUCGGCAUUGCUCUGGGUGGUGAAAGCAUGUCGAACAAUGGAGGCCGAGAUCUGCCCUUCUCUGAGUCGCUUAUGGCCAACCAAGAAGCCGUCGAUUGCACGCAGCCUAUGAUCCAGACGAGCGAGAACGUCGGCAAUGACUUCAACAUCUCGAGACGCACACAAGACGAGUAUGCAUGUGAAUCUUUCCGACGAGCCGAGGUCGCACAAAAGGCCGGUUGGUUUGAUGAUGAGAUCGUCCCAAUUACCACCACCAUCAAGGACCCAAAGACCGGUCAGGUUACCGAAGUCACCCUCACCAAGGACGAGGGCCCGAGAUAUGGAACCACGGCGGAGGCUCUGGGCAAGAUCAGGCCAGCCCUGCCUCAGUUUGGAGACAAGACCACUGGUGGCAACGCCAGUCAGGUCACUGACGGAGCGGCUGCCAUUUUGUUGAUGAAGCGAUCCAAGGCUAUUGAACUCGGUCAGCCUAUCAUGGCCAAAUUCUGCGGGGCCACCGUCGCAGGUGUGCCUCCUAGAAUCAUGGGCAUCGGACCUAGCGCCGCUAUUCCCAAGCUCUUGAGCAAGUUCCAGUUGACCAAGGAAGAUAUUGACAUCUUCGAAAUCAACGAGGCUUUCGCCUCUAUGGCCGUGUACUGCCUGAACGUACUGGGUCUCGACCACUCCAAGAUGAACCCCAGAGGCGGUGCCAUCGCUCUGGGACAUCCUCUCGGUGCCACCGGUGCCAGACAGAUUUGCACCAUUCUCAGUGAGGCACGGAGGACGAAGAAGAAGAUUCUCGUCACCAGCAUGUGUAUCGGUACCGGCCAGGGCAUGGCUGGACUGUUUGUCAAUGAGCAGGUCUAGUUGGGUCGCUUGGAGAGGUGCGAAUGCAUUUGGUUAUGUACUCUUAAAAGCACAUCUCGAAUUCGAAUUGUCAUCUUUAAUUGCAUUUAUUGCUAUUUCCUACAACCUUGCUCAUCUGUGAAGAUACUUAG